CACUAUUCCGUUGAGGAGGCCUUCUUUGAGUUGAAUAUGAAAUUGCUGUUGCUUAUAUCUGUCGUGGCGGUUGCUAUUGCAACGGAGCAGUUAUGUAGUGAUGACUGUCGAGUAAGCUUGCUGGAGGUAAACGAGUGUGGCCGAUGUUAUGCUGGAAAUCCAGAUGUCGAUAACAGAGGAUGUCCUGAAGGAAGUCUUGCUGAGAUUGAUCUCUUCGAAGAUCUGUGUACUGACACUGCGGAACGCAAUACAUGCUGUUGUUGGCCAACCGGAAGUACUGCAUGCAAUGCUAUUGAAAAGUUUUGGGAGUAAUGUCUGACGAAACCGCUGUUACCUUGUCCAGUG